AUGCGCAAACCAUGCGUGCGUACUGCAGCUGUGGUUAAGACCCAACUACACUGGCGCAAGCGCGCAAAGAGAUUACGCACAAGACAUUUGAUUGGUCCCGACAGUUUGGGCCACUGCUUCACAAGGCAAGAUCGACUGUUACAGCUUGUUGGUCAGAGAACGCCACAGCAAGCCAACAUGAUGGUCGGACCACUUGAUGGCCACCAAAUCCUAGUGACAUCUCCUUGCAUAGCUACACUAGGGAAGAAUGUGAAGCAAGCAUUUAGACUACAUUAG